UCUAAAUAAUAAAAAAGCUUACUAAUGUUUUUUUUUCGUAGGGAUGAACCACCUCCUCUUAUAGUUAGACGUCGUUUUCGCCGGGGUACUUCUUCAGUCACUCAGAGUACGUCACCCGCUAGUAGCCCAGUUGCAGCUACCACUCCUCCAGCAGCCCCCACCCCUCCAGCAGCCCGCACCCCCCCUUCUGUAGCUUCCGGCCCUUCUCAAAGUUCAAGAGGAGGAGGAUUGCCUACUACGAUGACUGUUGCGGAGUUAGUUAGGCUACCUGGCCGAGAAUCGCUUCAGCGCCUUGAUCCAAAUUAUCUUAUUGUCCCAAACACCACUUGGUUUGAUUUGUCUGGCAAUGGUAUCACCAACAGCCUUCUUAGGAUGGAGUACACGAUGCUAAAGCGUGGUUAUCCAACUUUCUAUGACAUGCCUGCAGAAGAUCAAGAACUCUGGUUUCGGCAAUUUGCGGUAUAUGUUCUCAAUUUUAUUUUGCAGCAAGAGUUCACUUGGGAAUCAGGGAUUACCGAACAAGUGAAAAUUGUUUUCCGCCGCAAAGCAGCUUCGCACUACACCAAGCGGAUCAAUGAGUGGAAGCAAAAAUUCGAUGUUGGUGAGGUCCCGAAGCACAUCAACCCAGACGUUUGGCGGGAUUUGUGUGGUCAUUGGACGAAAGAUGAGACAAAGUCUUUGUCGACAAUCAACUCGCAAAAUCGGUGUAGCAGCCGUGGCGGGAAAGGGAUGUUUGUCCACAACUUAGGGGCAACAAGUUUACAGACCCGAGCACUUCAGCUAAUGAAGGAAAACGGUGGAGUUCCCGUAGAUGAUUUUACCCUGAUGAAGAACGCCUAUACCAACAAGAAGACUGGGGAGAUUCAGGAUGGACUUAUUAAGGGCGUAAUCCAGGUCGUGGAAAAUCGAAAAGUGGAUCUCCUCGCGACUCAAGCUUCUAUGUGUGAAGAAGGCGAUUCUGCAUCUUCCAACUCCUUAACCGUAGAGCAACUCAACAACCUUGUUCUCGAGGCUGUUCCAAAGAAAAAGGGCCGUUAUGUUGGAUUGGCUCGUUCGACCGGAGGGGCUUCUUCUUCUUCAGCUCACUAUCGACUCUUGGAUACACUCGGUUUUCAUAACAGUGAGUUCUUUGGAUCAAGCAGGCAAGUCAAGGUGAAGGUACUACCAGGAAUCAAGCAGCUUCUCCUAGAUAACUUGCGGGUUGCGACUGAUUGCCUAAGGUUCUUCAUGUGA